GCCUUAAGUGAAUUUCUAUAUAGAAAUUAUUUUCAUUCUAUAGCUUACCACAAGUAUUUAAUUACUUUUUGCCACAAUUAAAAUAAAUUUUUUUUUAAAUAAAUUAAAAGACAUUUAAAGAGAAUUAAAAAAUUAUUAAAGACACAUGAAAUUUUCAAAAAAUACUUUGUAAAUUUUAAAAAAGAAUAAAGAAAAAAUACAAUUAUCUUAAAAUUUAAAAUUUUAUGAAUUUAGUGAAAUAUUUAGAAAUUUUGAACUUAAAACAUGAAGAAAAAUUGUAAUGAAUUUAUAAUGCUUAUUUUAACAUCGUUGAUAUUAUCAUGUAACGCCUUCUGGUGGAGAACUACGACUGAAGCUACACCAUUACUUCGACAAAUGCCUAUCAGUUAUUUUAGAACUUAUACAUACCAUCAACCCGUCGGUUAUCCAGGAUCCCUAUUUCAAUCUCCCACAUUCAACCAAUAUUCACCAGCAAAUCGUUUUGCUGGUUGGUCAGAAUUUCCAUCAGCAUCAAAUGGAUUACCAGUUUUAGCAAAUUAUAGACAAGAAAUGACAACAACCACAACUUCACCUCCAUCAACACAAACUACAUCAACUACUAUAAUGCCGACACAGCCACCACCACAACCACCUUCAACACAUUUGCCACUCUUACAGGGAACUUCAUCACAAUCGCAUAUUAAUUUACCAUUACAGUCAAUACCUAAUCAUCCAUCACAAUAUUCAUUAAGUUCUAGUUAUAUAUCAUCUGCUGGACAUCAUUAUAUUGAAACACAUCCACCAUCUGCUCAAUAUUUAACAUCAGGUCCAAUAAGAACAUCAUAUUUAACACCAGAUUAUCCAAAUCAAUAUUAUUAUACAACUUCAACUGCAUCUAAUCCAUCUCUUAAUAUGCAAACGGCACAGCAUUCUAGUAAUAGUUUUACAAAUGGACAGCAAUUUCAAAGGCAACAAAUUCGUUUCGUACCAUGUAUGUGUCCAGUUGCUGUAUCAAUACCAAAUGAAUUCCCUGAAAGUCGAUCAAUUUCUAAUGAUGAUAGUGAUGAUAUGGUUAUACCAGAAACAAAUGAAGCAAUUAAAACAAAAGAAAAUGAUGAUGUACACUUAAGCAGUUAGAAAAUAAUAAAAAAAAAUAUUCAUUCAUUUUUGCUAAUAAUAAACUUUAUAAGAGAGAAGACUGGUCACAAUAAAAAUUAAAAUAUAGUACAAACUAGAAAAUCAUCAGUUAAAUAGAGAAUGAAACGCAAAUAUACUUAAAUGUUAAGAUUAAAAAUUUAAUGUCU